AUGUGGGCAAAGACAAUUACAGGAAAUUUUGCCAAUGUGAUUCAUGGUUUGAAUGCAAACCACUUGACAGACCAAGUCAUUCAGAGAAGCAAGCGAAUGAUUCUGGAUACUCUUGGAGUGGGGCUUCUGGGUACCAGCACUGAGGUCUGCCACAAAGUGACACAGUACAGCAAGAUCUACAGCUCAGACAUAUCCAGUACCAUCUGGGGCCACUUGGAUUUCCGACUACCUCCUCUGUAUGCAGCUUUUGUGAAUGGAGUGGCUGUGCACUCAAUGGAUUUUGACGACACGUGGCAUCCAGCGACACACCCAUCCGGGGCUGUGCUCCCCGCCGUGAUUGCACUCUCGGAGGCCUUUCCUCAGAAGAAAAAAAUCUCAGGUCUCGAUCUGCUCUUAGCUUUCAAUGUGGGAAUCGAAGUGCAAGGCAGGCUGCUGCGCUUCUCCAGCGAAGCCAGGAAUAUUCCAAAAAGGUUUCACCCACCGACUGUGGUCGGUACGAUGGGGAGUGCAGCAGCUUGUGCUAAACUGCUAGCUCUUGACCAGCUGAAAUGUAAGAACACCUUGGCUAUUGCUGCCUCCUAUGCAGGUGCCCCACUGGCUAACGCAGCAACCCAAACGAAGCCCCUCCACGUUGGCAAUGCUGCCAAGCACGGACUGGAAGCAGCUUGCUUAGCAUCACAGGGCCUUCAAGGAAACAAACAGAUCUUGGACAUGGAGUCAGGGAUAGGUGCCUUUUAUACAGAUUACAACCCACAGACUCUGCCAACAUUGCAGUCCUAUCCCUGGCUGUUGGACGAGCAAGACGUGGCCAUCAAACGCUUUCCUGCUCAUCUUGGAACGCACUGGGUGGCUGAUGCAGCAUCUUCUGUUAGGAGAAAGCUCGUGGAGAACAGUGACAACUUGCUCCCCCUUGACAAAAUUGAGAAAGUCAUUCUCAAAGUCCCAGAGGUCAAAUAUGUGAACAGACCCAGCCCUACCUCAGAGCAUGAAGCUCGACACUCCUUCCAGUUUGUUGCAUGCUCUGCUUUGCUGGAUGGCAGCAUGUCGGUCCAGUCCUUCGCCAGUGAGAACGUUCACCGGCCAGCCUUGCGGGAGCUCCUCUCUAAAACACAGCUGGAGCACCCUCCUGAUAACACACCUAGCUUUGAGAGUCUCUACUGCGAAGUGAGUGUUGUGCUUCAGGACGGCAACACGAUCAGCGACCGCUGCGAUACAUUCUACGGGCACUGGAGGAAACCUCUGAAAAAGGAGGACUUGGAGAAAAAGUUUCAAUGCAAUGCCUCCAGCGUCCUGCCUGCAGAAGCCGCAGAAGGCAUUAUAGAGACCGUGUACAAUCUGGAAAAAGUAGAGGACUGUUCUGUAUUAAGUACAUUUUUAUCAGGACAGUCAUCUAGAGCGCUUUCAGAGAAGCUGUGCUUCCUUUGAAUGUUCCAACCGACAGCUAGACGCUGUUCACAAAGCAACCACAAAAUUCAGGACAAACUCUUAUUUAGUGACUCAAGCACUUUUAAAUAGGGCUCCUGUAACACAAGAGCCAUGCCCAGUCCAAUACUGUGGUUUUUGACUAAGUAAAUAAUUUAGCGAUUAUGUGCACAGCUCAGUCAGGCUGAACAGAAGAUCCUCUGCUGGCACAGUCGACUUCAAUUAUCUUUAUACCUCUAAAGGCAAAGCACUGCUUGCGCACGACACAAAGAUUUCCCUGCUCUUCUGCCAAAAAUGUCUGUACGUUCUGCUUCUGCAACGAAAUCCAAAUUCUGGAGGAGUAUGAAAAUGCUGUGUCCAUGAGAAACAUCACUAUGAGAAGGACAGAGAAUAAAAACCUUUAUAUAUUUACUUCUGCAGAUUUAGCUCUAAAGCCUCCUUGAAGAGGCCACCUGUUACCUCUGAGCUUUGAUGUUUGUGCUAAAAUAAACACGGCGCACAGAGUAAUAGCACUUGACACUCUGCAACAUGUCAGGCUUCGCUGUAACGAUUGGUCUUGCAUUGACGAGGUAAAGGUUAGUGCCCUUCCUGAUCACACCAGCUGCUGAGCAAGAGGGACAACUCAACACUCCUCGUGACAA